AGCGUCAUGUCCCAAGACACACCUCAAGCUCAAGGCCCACAAAAUGUCACAAAGAUUGAACACGACCCAUUCCAAUCCAAUGCCGCCCUGACUUCUGACUUUGGAAAACGAUCUCGAGACCAGACCCCAAUCGAUCCAAGCGAAAGCCCUGUGGCGAAGCGCGCGCGCUCUUCUCGUCGUCAUGCAAAGCACUGGGAUCUCGAUGGAGACAUUUUUGUGCGUUUGGGUGACUGUUGGAUGCGACUUCGUAAGAGUGCACUUGGCCGACACUCUGAAUUCUUCAGCGAUGCCUUCAUUGCCAUAGAUCAAGGCAAACUUUCACCGGAACCUAAACGUCCAUAUGAACAAGGAACUCUUAUUCUUGCCGAUGUCAGCAACGUCCAAAACUGCUACCAUCUUCCUGCGCCAGGUGCCACUGCUGUAGAUCUCGAUGCUCUCCUUACCGCAAUGGAAGAUGCAAUCUCCUACUGUCACGAGCCGCCAACUUUCGAUGUUGUGUCCUCUAUUCUUCGUGCCUCUACUAUCCUCAAGUUUCACCGAUUCCGCGAUUGGGCUCAACGUUUCAUUCAAAGCUCCUGGCUGCCCUCUCUCGAAGCUCUUACUCCAACCGUCAUUCCACAUGCAACCCAAGUUGUCUCCCUUGGCCGUGAGGUCGACCUCGGCCCUUCUGGAGCAGCUAUCAUCAAGCGUGCCCUCUACGAACUCCUUCGUACUCCAAGCUUCGGCCAAAAACCCGAACAGAUGCCCUCCAUGUUGCAAUCCACCGACCUGAUUGCUCUCACCCGCGCACGUGAACACCUCGAUACAAUCUGGUACACCGCCACUGCGUUCGAAUUCUUCGCAUUUUUCUGCCCCGCGCAUGGAACCGCACAACCUGAGCCUCGCUGCACCAUUCUAACCCAGCAAAUACACAAAAAACUCAUUUACGACUCUGGCUUGUUCAUUGAUUACCGUUACGACGUUCUAUGUGGGUUGGAUAUGCUCGGAAAGGUUGGAUGGGACAAGGAGGCGGAGUCUGAUAAUGAAGGUGGAGGUGCUGUACGAGAGAGAGCAAGCAUGGGAGAAGCUCAACUCGUUGUUCUGUUUGCAACUACCCUGAUAAAGGCAGCCGUAUUCCGCAACACAUAUGGGGCAGUCUGA